GCAUUCCAGAGUUGUGAGCUGGAAGCAGUGCAGGAGAACUCAACAGUGCCCAAAGUCUUUUCACAAUCCGUAAGAGAAAGUCUGCUGGAAUAAGAAUCCUUUACACAUCAACCAACAAGGAAGCCAAAGAUGGCUGGAAUUGUGGCCUAUGUCCUUCUUUCUUUUGUCGCUGUAGUUAACUCCCAAGUUCAGACUGCAUUUAUGGAGUACAUACAAACAAGGAUGGGGGUUUUGGAGGAAAGAAUUUCUCAAUGGCAUGAUCAAAGCAGUCGCUAUAGCUCAGAACUUCGUGACUUCAAGAAUCAGGUCCUAAAGAUGCUGGAGAACAUAGAGAAGGAGCGGGAAACAGUAAGGAAUGAGAUGGAGAAUACAAAUAUUCGGCUUGAUCGGCUUGAAAGAGAGGUGGACUACAUGGAGACUCAGAACCCAGCACCACCUUGUGUAGACAUAGAUGAAAAAUUGACAGAGCUUCAUCUUCAGAAAAAGAAAAAGAAGGAAAAAUAUGCAAAGUUAUCAGGUUGUCCCAAGGAUGAGAUUACUGAAAAUGUGGAACCAGAUGUGAUGCUGAGUCCUCCUGUCAACCGGAAGUCAUAUUGCAGUGACACUAUUUCUCAAGUCAAUGCCAUGAAAAUCCUGAAACGCUUUGGGAGCAAUGCUGGCCUUUGGACAAAGGACCCAAUCGUAAAUUCUGAAAAAGUCUAUGUCUUUGACGGAUCUGGCAAUGAUACAGUGUUUGUGUUCUCUCGUAUGAAGGAGUUCACUCUUUCAUCUUUAACACGCAAAGUGCCUCGAAUCAAACUUCCUUAUCCAUGGAUUGGCACUGGACAUAUCGUUUAUGGAGGCAAUUUGUAUUAUAUACGGCAAGAUGAGGAAUUUCAGGUUAUAAAAUUCAACUUGACGACCAAAACAGUAGUUGACAGUGCUGUUCUGCCCAUUGAAGACCAAGUUCCCGUGUAUGGGCUGUCCAAAUUCAACUACAUAGACAUAGCAGCGGAUGAAGAAGGUCUCUGGGUCAUCUAUGCCACCAGGGACAAUGAAAAGCACAUCUGCUUAGCCAAACUAGAUCCAGCCAACCUUGGAAUUGAGCAGAUGUGGGAUACUCCUUGCCCUAUUGAGAAUGCAGAAAGUGCUUUUGUGGUGUGUGGCACUCUGUACGUGGUAUAUAACACCAAGCUCCCAAGUCGCUCUCGUAUCCAGUGUAUCUUUGAUGUCAGUGGCACCAUAACCAGUGAACAUGUCCCUAUUGUUUAUUUCCCAAAACGAUAUGGAUCUCACUCCAGCAUGAAGUACAACCCCAGGGAAAAGCAGAUCUAUGCUUGGGAUGAUGGAUAUCAGAUCUUAUACAAACUCACCAUGAAGCCUAAGGAUGAACUGUAUUAGAGAUGAUGGUGAUUGUAUAAUUUUAUGUAUCUUUUGUCAUUUUAAAUGGUCAUACACAUAAUACUCCACAUAUGGCAUCAGAACAUCUAACUGAGGAAAUAUUGAACUUCUAUUUCUGUUUCCCUGCUUAUUUUUUUUAUUGUUUCUGUUCAUACAUGCUGAAUGAAAGUCAUUCUUCACCCAGCGAUGUGACCCAUUUGCCUCUCCCAGUGUAAUAACAGUAUAUAUUCAUCCAAAAAUGAUUUUCUAGCAUAAUAAUGGUAAUCCAGUGUUGAUGUGUAGACGUUGAGUGUUUUCUUCCUGUUAAUGAAUAAUGACUUCCACUCUCCCUACAGUAUCCAGUGUCGGACUGAAUUUUCUGGGGUCCAACAGAGAAAAUAAUUCUGGAGGCCCUCCCUCUGCUAGACCUUAGCGGCCCUGCUUUAUAAGGGGCCUUGUUUUAUAAAGGGCCCAUUAUUGUGUCACAGCUUGGGCCCCCCCAGAGGAUCCUCUGGUACUCUGGUGGGCCAGUCCCACCCUGCAGUAUCCUAUCCGUACAAUGCCCUAAUUUAUUGAGAUAUCUUUAUAGUGUUUAAAGCUCAGUUUCCUGAUACAGAGUUCAAAAUCCCCAUUUGGCUACCCGCAGCCACCACUAGAGGCAGUAUAGGAGCUUACUACAUACUGGAAUGCCUUGAAUGCACUAACAAAUCAGUAAACAGCAAUCUCCUAAGGUUCCUCUAGGCAUGGCUAUGGGGUGUGAAAAUAUUAUCAUUUACAAUGCAUCUCUAUACAUGCUUAUAUCAAGAUACUAAGAAAUUAAUCACAGACUUUGGGACCUAAAAAUGACACCAUGCUAAAAAGUAACUCAUUUAGGAAAACUGUCUAAGGCUGGGUUGACAUCACGCUUUUUUUCUCCCUACAUUUGAUGUA